GGGGUGAUGUGGGGCCAUUCCUCUGAGCCCAGCUGUGAUAAUGCGUGGAUGGAGGUUGGGCUUGGACGGUAGUGCCCUCCCAGAAUCUCCCUUCAGGCUUCUUGCAGUAAGGGACAUGCAGCUGGAGGCCCUCAGCGUGGCCUGACCCUGCUGCCAGGGACUCAGUCCCCAGUAACCAUGAAGAUGACCAGUUUCUGGAGUUGUUCUCUGCCAAGCUGCCUCCCCUCCCUGCUCUUCCUCCUCCUCCUCCAGCUGUCAUCCAGCCAUGCAGGACAGUUCAGAGUGAUAGGACCAGGGCACCCCAUCCGGGCUUUAGUUGGGGACGAGGCAGAACUGCCUUGCCGCAUAUCUCCCGGGAAGAACGCCACAGGCAUGGAGGUGGGGUGGUACCGCCCUCCCUUUUCCAGAGUGGUUCAUCUCUACCGAAAUGGCAAGGACCAGGACGCAGAGCAAGCGCCUGAAUAUCGGGGGCGCACGGAGCUUCUGAAAGAGGCCAUCAGCGAGGGAAAGGUUACUCUCAGGAUCCAGAAGGUGAGGUUCUCGGAUGAAGGAGGCUUCACUUGUUUCUUCAGAGACCACUCUUACCAAGAGGAGGCAGCAAUGGAGUUGAAAGUAGAAGAUCCCUUCUACUGGAUCAACCCUGGGGUGCUGGCUCUCAUCGCACUUGUGCCUACACUGCUGCUGCAGAUAUCUGUAGGCCUCCUCUUCCUCUUCCUGCAGCACAGACUGAGAGGAAAACUUCGAGCAGAAGUUGAGAACCUCCAUCGGACUUUUGAUCCUCACUUCCUGAGGGUGCCCUGCUGGAAGAUAGCAUUGUUUGUCAUGGUGCCUGUCCUUGGACCCCUGGUGGCCUUGCUCAUCUGCUACAACUGGCUGCACCGAAGGCUAGCAGGUACAGGAAAGAGUGGAACGAAGGUUCUAGAUUGA